CAGGGAGCGCAGUGAUGUGGAGGAGAAGGGAAAGGUGUCCUUGGACAUGACGUUUCUUGGAGAACACACAUCCAAAGCUACUGCACAAUGUAACUUCCAUUUGAUUUCUUCAAACAGCCCAGCACACCAACACUAGCAAGCAGUUAGCGACUUUGGAACACCAAAUCACUUGAAAACAACAAGGAGCAAACGUCCUUCGACGUCUUGUAGGGACUCGUCGUGUGAGCGAUGAGCUGCCAUCUGGGUGGGCUGUUCAGCAUAGGCGAGGACUUUGACGACGAGGACUUGCUGGGGACUCACUGGGCUGCCGGACCUCAAAGCACUGUGCCAUCCCACCCUGUGGACGCAACUCGCGUUUCCGGCACCAACCUCCAGAGAGCGUCCCUGCGUCCCACUUCGGAAACAGUUGCGCCGACUUUACGGAAGCUGUCCUCGGGCACUCGGGCUUUCCACCGGCACCUACCGGUAAACCCUGAGCCCCACUUGGGAAUUGGUUCGAGGCCAGCUAUCACACGGGUUCCUCCGAGAGAACCCGUCGCCAGCCUCCUCCAGCCAAAUGUGGAGUCUUUGCUCGCCUCAAAGCAGGUUACUCCGGCUUUGCAGGACCUUACCUCAGGCACUCGUUUCCCGAGGCCCAAUUUGCCACCCGCACUGAGCCUCCCUAAGCCCCAUGUGGGGGGGGCACAGGAGAGUCCCGCCACCAAUGAGCCAUUCCGGCCUCUGGGCCAGAAAACCUCGCGGAAGCUUUCUUCCAGCGCUCGAGCUUGCGCUCUUCCGUCCCCCGAAUCGGACUCGGGGAGGGUCAACAGGCAGCCGUGUCCCGUCCCCACCGCCGUUGUGGCAUUACGCCCACUGGGUGCCACCCCCGCGGUCACUCGAGCCUCUGGAUCGAACCUUCUUCAGCCAAGCGAUGAGCGACCAGCUCACUCCCUUGCACCUACCGUACGCCAUGUCACCGAGCCCCCCUCGGGGUUACUGCAGAAGCCCAGCGCCAAUGUCGCCGCUCAGGAUGACUUUGACGACUGGGACUUGGACCUUGCAGACUUGGAGGCGUGUGAACGUUUAGCGGUACCCUCUGCCCCGCUCCAGGCCCUAGGUGGAGGGACUCUUAGAGCGCCAACCUCCACAGCCACCUUGCUAGCCCCAAACACUCUUUCCAGGAGUCACUGCAAGCCUCAGCCAGCGGCGCGGAGCACCCCAGGGCCCUCGGGUCCGCCUCGAGGCCUCUUUGAGGCGGUUUCACCCGCGCUCGUAGCCUCCCCCUCUUCAUCUCCCGCCUUUAGUCCGCACCCCCUCAGCACACCGUUGCUGACAAACCACCUGGUGCAGCUGGUGUCUGCGUCCAACAAGGUGUCCCGCAAGAGGCCUCGCUCGGAGCCUCGGCCGCCCAAGACUCGGCGCUUCCCGGGCCCGGCGGGCCUCCUCCCGGAGGAGGCACCCAGUCACAGUCUGGAUGAGAUUGUGGUGUCCGUUCCCCAGAUUCCCGCCUACGGUGUGGCGGCACGUCUUCCACACCAGGUUUCCUGCUCCCAAAGUGAGGAAGAGGAUUUUGCCGGCCCCUGGGCGGCGAUGAAGGCCGAGAUGGGACUGGACGAUCGGAACCCAGCGUGCUUCCUGUGCUCCUUCAGCGUGGUUAUGGUGCUACGCAAGGCGGCUUUGAAGCAGCUGGACAAAAACAAAGUGCCAAACAUGGCCGUGAUGCUCAAGAGUAUCAACCACACGCAUGCCGACGCUAAGGCCGUGUUCAGGGAUCCUACAGGUGAGAUCCGGGGCACGGUGCAUCGGCGCCUCCUGGAGGAGCGCUUGGGGGAACUGAAGGUUGGCGCCGUGCUUCUUCUCAAACAAGUGGGCGUGUUCUCCCCCUCCCAUUGCAACCACUACCUCAACGUGACGCCUAACAACCUUCUCAGGAUCUAUUCACCAGAUGGAGGCUGCCACAAGGGGCAGCUGCCACCGUCGAUUCUGGAGGAGCCCUCGCCCGCCGUCGAGCCCGUAAGCUGCAUGCCGCUGGUGUUUGACAAUGACAACGCCGGUGCCGACGAUGGGAACAAAUGCAAAGAUGGAAGCCCGCAAGCUUCAGGAUGGGACGCAGACGACCUUGAUGAGCUGUUGGUGGCGCUCUCCGAGGACACCUACAGUCUUUGAGUUUGACAACGGACCCCGAUGUCAUUGUAAAAAUGUUCAAAACAUGCAAAAAUGUGCCAUUUUUUGUUGUUGUUUAAAAGUCCCCCAAGUGGCUUUCUCUGUUGAUAUUAGCAAAGAAAAAUCUAUUGCAACAUUCUUUUCUCACAUUGAUUGAUACAGGCCAAUGGCUCAGUUGGCACGGUGAUUGAUAAUAAAUGGGUUGAUUGUUUGUUGGAAGAUUAUAGAUGGGUUGGGAAUUAGUUUGAAUUUGUGGAAGGAAAAAAUGUCAAUUGUAGCCUUUGAUAAUACCAUUCAUUCCAUCAUAAUUUGCCUUGAAACUUUCACAGCCUCUCCUGCUACAUAUGCAAAUGGAGCGCAUCAUAUUAUGCCUGAUGAUGCUUCAUAUUCCAUUAAAAAUGCACUCAGCAAUUGUAA